GGAAUCGGCGGGUAGAUUGAAAUAGAAAGAAACUAAAAAGCAGUGUCGGUAUUUCAUGUCUUUUCUUUUGUGUAGUUUUUGACAAAAUGUUGAAGAAAGCACCAAGAAGGAACUUGAAAUCGCUCACAAGAAAGAAUGUAGACAUUUGUAUACGUAAAAAUGCAGAUUUAUUGGUGGAGCUGAGCUUGUUGCUGUUUCUGCGCAGCCUGGCAGAAGAGUCCAGGGCAAAAGCUUUUGAGGAGAAAACAGCCACCAUCAGGGCCUGUCACUUCAAGGCUGUGUCCAAGAUGCUGUCUCACGAAGGCCAAACAUCUGGCAGCUGGCAGGGGAAAAGAGAUCCACACCAGAUUGGAGUUGUGCACGAGAGAUGCUCAGCCGGUGCUCCCUAGACUGACCCGAAAUGUCUCAUCGCUGGGGAGCCAGGCGCAGUCUAACACAUGCCACUUUAUGAAGCACUGAUUGUUUGUGAAUUAGUGCUAUCACCGUGGGUCCUACGGAGACCUGCACAUGUAACAGAAAUGGAGACUAUUUUUAAUGGGUGUUUAUUUGUAAAGUGAGCAGGCGUGUGUUAAAGUUUACAUGUAUAUGUGUGAGAGUGCUUACCUGUCUGUGUGUGCAUGUUUAUCUGUUGUCCCUCUGUGCCGGAGGUUUAAAGAUUUGUAGUGAGAACAGAUUAAUUUGUACAUUUAUUUUAUUAUCCAUCCAUCUUUUAUAAUUGCUUAUCCAGCCCAGUCCUUAUAAUUGCUUAUCCAGUCCCAGGACAUCCUGUAUGGGAUUGCCCCUCUGCCACAAGGCACACACUUAAACCCUAUAGAAACACCAAUUACCUGCCCACAUGUGAAAUUCAGAUCAAGUUUUUGUUUCAGCCAACUUUUAAGAGUUACAGUCACAGAGUACUCAACUGGUUGGUUGAAACAAAAUCUUGGUCUGGAUUUUUACUUUCUGGACUGGAAAUGUCCACCUGGUAAGCUCUAAGAAAGGUUUUCA